AUGGUGUCAUAUAAAAGAGCUAUACAACCAUAUGAAAUCAAUGUUGAUACAAUUAAUAAAAUUAAUUUAUCUGAAAUUUGUCAAGUGUGUGGAGAAAAAAAUGCAAAAUUUUCUUAUGGUGUUCAAUCUUGUGCUUCAUGUAAAAUAUUCUUUCGUCGAAAUGCUUAUCUUGAUUUAAAUAAAACAAAAUGUAUAUUUGGUGAAGAAUGUCAUAUAACAAUAAAGAAUCGACAUACAUGUCGAUAUUGUAGAUUAAACAAAUGUUUAUCUGUUGGAAUGAAAAAAGAAUUAUUACGUGCUUCACAUGGAGCUCAAGGUGGAACUAAAAUGAAAGAAAAAUUAUUAGCUGAAAAAAUCAAAUCAAAUGAAAAGAAAAUUUCUUCAAUAAUAAUUAUUCAUCCAAUUGAUUUACUUAAUAAUGAUCGUUCAUUAUUAACUUUUGAUCAAUGGUCUUUAUUAUCAAAUAUAAAUAAUGCUUAUAAUAGUAGAAGUCCAAUAUCAAAUAUUAAUAAUAUUAUAUCUAGUCAAUCGAUAUAUCCUCCGAAAAUUCGUUUAAAAAUGGCAAAUGCUAAUUUUAUGGAUAUAAUUGCUUCAAUGUAUGCUGCUAGUGAAAUAUUUAUUAAAAUAAUUCCGGAUUUUUCAUCAAUGACAAAUUAUUAUCAAAAUGUAUUAAUAACAAGAAAUAUUUUAAAUUUAGGUGGUUUUAAUUGUCAAUUUAUGAUGCGUGAAACAAAUAUAUUAAAAGACGCUGCUUAUUCAAAUUGUCUUUCGUCGACUUAUGGAACUUGGAUAUUUAAUGGAACUGUUCGAAUUGCUGAUGACAUUGAUCCUGAUGGAACAUUAUUCAAAUUAUUAUUUGUUGUUUUGGCUUUCUCGGCAUGUUCUGACGUUGUUAUUCCACCAUACAAUAAGUGUGACAAAAUAUCUGAUUAUUCUGUGUCCGAUGUUUUAAUUGAAACAAAUUAUCUUUCAAUAAAUACACAGUAUUUAUUUGAAAUUCAAAAUAAAUAUGUCGAAUUAAUGUUCAAAUAUAUGGUUUAUCGAUAUGGCUAUUAUGAAGCAGCCUUACGUUUUGCGGCUCUUAUGAAAAAUUUUCUUUAUCAAAGUGUUCUCUCGGCAAAUGCAACUGAAAUAUCAAAACAUGACGAUAUGCUAAAAACACUCGUUGACAAAACAGAACAAUUAUUUAUCUCAUAA